AUGAUUUCGCUUGUUGGCGUGGUGGACGUCAAGAUAAUGCACGAGUUAUCUGAUGAAAAGUUUGCUCUUGUCUUUGACGGCUUCACGGAUGCUGCUGAGCACGCUAUUGCCAUUUUCGCUGCCACGAAAAAUGGCAUACGAUUCCUGGCAUUCUCUCCUUUCCUAGAUGAGGCGUCGAUGACUGCAGCGGAGCACAUUGAAUUCUUAGACAUGGAUCUCGAUCACUACAAGCUGGACAUCGCUAAUAUGGUCGCCAUUGUAGCUGAUAGCAUGGAAGCCAACAAGCGAUUUCCCGUCGAAUUUCGGUUCCAUCGAUUGGAUGUUAGUGCUUUAAUGAAGAAGCUGAAGACUGUCAAGAGGGUGGCUAAGCUGAAACUACAUGGAUGUUAUUACAAACCUAUUCCACUUCAAGAGCUUCGAUGGAGCGGCUGCUACCGCGUGUUGAAGCGCUUUGAGGACCUGCAGCCGCGCAUACACCUGUUCAUGGACGACUGUACGGUCGAAGACGACGAGAGUGACGGUGACGACUCCACUACCAACCCAAAUGCCGAAAACCUCCGGCUUACUACUGUGUGCGACAUCUUCGAUGUUGUUUUGGAUGACGAUGAUGACAUGGAUUACUGUUUGGCCGCUGGUGGAGAAGUGGUUGAGUGUCCAGGCUUUGAGGCAGGGUUGGCCAAGAUUCAAUGA